AUGGAGUCGAUUAGAGGUGAAAGGCACAAUACCAAACCGCAAAAGUUCAAUGAUCUCCAUAGCUUUGAUACAAGCAACAUGACAUGGACAAAGCAUGACGAUGUUGUUGGAACAAUACCCUCGCCGAGGGGAGGUUGUACACUGCUUGCGAUCGGUCGCAAGAUCAUAGCCUUUUGUGGCAGAGCUGCGAGAGACGUCUGUCUUUACGAUGGUGUAUACAUUCUGGAUACUCGAGCGCAGCCAAUGAGAUGGAGUCAGACUCUCAUUUACCUUCGCCAGGCUGACGUAUCAUCAAAUCAUGCUCCUUCACCUCGUGGAGCUCAUGGCUAUGGGUAUAUUGAUGGGAAUAUUGUCGUCUUCGGAGGAUUUGGAGCGCCCGUACCAGAUCCGUGUUCAGAAGGCGAGUCAACGCAGGAAACUCCACUGGACGAUAUCAUCUUCCUCAAGCUUGCACCUGACCAAGAUUCAAGUAUGAAUGUUCAACCAGAAAUUGUCGCUAGCAGUGAUUAA